CUGUAAACUUUAAAAAAAGACGGUUUUGGGCCCGAAGAAACGCAACCGCGGCCAGCAGACCACCUCCCUGAGCCACCGCAACCAGGCAGCCCAGCCGCGAUUUCACCUUGUCCGACUCGAAACCACCAUGCCCAUCCUCGAAACCACCAUUCCCACCCGCGAAACCACCUUUUCCAGCCGCGAAACCACCUUAUACCCACCUUAGUCGCACAGAUCUGCGAAUCCAACGACGAAGAACGAAUGAAGAUGAAGCUGCGCGUGGGGAGGGCGGUGUGGGUUCGCGAGAACGGAGGGGUAGACGACUGGAUGCUACCGGAGGGUGGUCGCGACUGGGAAUGGGGUUGGUGGUUGCGAGGGAGGUCCGGUGGUCCGGUGAGUGGUUGGGCAAGAGGAGAGAGAAAAUUAACAAAACUCAUGUAUUAAUUAGUCUAAUUAAGUAUUAACAUAUUUUUAGAAAUUAUUUUUUGAUUUUAACGAAAAUAAAGAAAUUGAUUUUUCAUAUUACAUAAAAAUCAUUUAACUGACUUUUUGAUAAAAAAAAGUAAAGAUAAAAAGAAAAUAAAAAAAGGUACAAUAAAAUCAAUUUGAUUUUUAGUUUUUUACGGAUAGAAGGGAGAAUUUGGGGCAAGGUUCGAUACUUACCGUGCUUAUUCACCGGUUAAUUGAACUUCUUGUACGAGUUGUACCCAUGGUCUGGAUCUGCCGCUGGAUUAUCCGGUUAAUUUCCUCCUCAUCUUCAACCUCCCGUUAUCCUAAUUCAAAGGUGAAGCUGGCAUGACAAUUGUUCUUUAAGCCCUAACUAAAGCUACUGCUACUAUGCCCGUUUUCUGGUUUGGUCUUCACAUAUUUUCAUCUUUCACUUGAAUAAUUUUAUGAACAGGAUACUAUCCAACUUUUUUUGAUAUUUGGGUGAAGUAUCUGCCGUAUAAUUAUAUGGAAGGUUUCAGUGAAUCAGUUUAUCUCGGUUAACAGUCAAGUGGAAACUAAGGUUUUAUGUUUACAGGAACCUGAAAACAUGUUUUAACAUCCCAUGGUUGAUUUCAGGUUCCUUCAUUGUCAUGCUGUAAAAUUGAAUGGCAAAAAGAGCAUCCAAAUGCUACUACAAAAUUUUGCAGGGUAUUAUACAGGAAUUUAAUCAUGGGAAUAUCCAACCUGCUUUUGCCACAUUUGUAAAGAGAUACGGUUUGGUUAAACCUACAUUGGGGAAGAUGUUGGUGCGUUACUUGUGUAUGGAGAACAAUGUAGAUGGUGCCCUUAAGCUCAUUGAUGAGUUGCACAAAAACAAUUUAAAGGUAAACUUUCCUCCUGAUGUUAUUGGUAUGCUUACAGCACAAGGCAGACCUUUGGACGCGUACAGACUUGUCAUGGGUGCACAAAAUGAUCUUCCUAGUAUGGAUGUGGUUGAUUACUCAGUCCUUGUUGAUGGACUCUGCAAAGAAGGGUACAUUGAAAAGGCCUUAGAACUAUGUAAUUUUGCUAUAAAGAUGGGAGUUAGGCUUAAUGUAGUCACUUAUAACUCACUUUUUAAUGGGUUAUGCCGUCAAAGUUGUCUUGUUGAGGCUUUCCGGCUAUUUGAUUCAUUGGAGAUGAGUAAUACAAUUCCUUCGGAUAUUACAUAUGGGACACUAAUCGAUGCUUUGGUUAGAGAAGGCUUUUUGUUGGAUGCUCGUCAAAUGUAUGAGAGAAUGAUCCUCAAGGAUAUAAAACCAAAUACUCACAUUUACAAUUCUCUAAUUGAUGGAUACUGCAAAGUUGGGAAUGUAGAAGAAGCAUUGAGACUUCUCUAUGGUUUGGAGAACCAUUCUCUUAAGCCUGAGAAAUUUACCAUAAGUGCUGUGAUUUAUGGCUUUUCCUUGAAGGGAAACAUGGAGGGUGCGCUUCAGUUUUUCGUUGAUAUGAAAGAGAAUGGUAUUUUCCCUGAUUUUUUAGGCUUCCUUUAUUUAGUAAGGGGGCUUUGUGCAAAGGGUAGAAUGGAAGAGGCAAGGAGCGUUAUAAGGGAAAUGAUUCAAGAUGAAUCUGUUCUUGAUUUGUUAAAUCGAGUUGAUAGUGAAAUUGAAACGGAAUCUAUAGAGAGUUUUGUAGUUGAUUUGUGUGAACAGGGAAGCAUACAGAGUGCUCUUAUCAUUCUCAAUGAAAUUGGAUCAAUGUUUUUUCCUUACAAGAGAAUUUCUGCUUCUAGUACUCUUAAAACUAUGGUGUCGUUUGAGGAAAAUGUUCGAACCACCUCUCCUAUUGCUCUCCCCUCCAUCCACAAAAUGGACUUUGAUGCUUUAUACUCGCAAAUGACGUCUCUUUGUUCCCUGGGUGAUCUCCAAGGGGCUACUGCUUUGGCAAAAGCUUUGAUCUCUGGUUUUGCUAAAAGAUGACAGCGUCAGUACUUAGAAUAGAACGCCACCUGGGUUUGUACAUGGGUGCGUAGUAAGUAAUGCUGCGUAUGAGCUACAUCCUACAGAGUUCAUAUUAUGUUAUGCUCAUCCAAAGCUACCCACCAAAAGAAAGAAACGGGAACACAGACACACGAAAUCGACUUCAGACCAAUUUCUGCGAAACUCGUCGUAAAAAUUUCAAAUUGACUGCGAUUUAUGAUGAUCAACUGAGGAGGGUCCUGUUUGGAUCAUCAGAUAUUUAUUGUAAAUUCUUAAUUUGGCAAAUUUAAACUUGUAGUGGUUGAGAAAGUCAGAAUUAAGAAAGGAUUUGAACCAUAUAAGUCAAGGUAUUUUAUCCACUUUUAGUUUCUCUUA